UGCCGGCGACCGUUGACAGUGUAGUGUCGCGCGCGCCGCGCUUUGCAACCCGAACGAUAUAAGCAGAACAAAAACUCAGUUCCUCAUCUUCGUGUGUGUUUCCGUGUCACAAGUUCACUGUGUUCUGACUUAAGUGUUGUUUUUGUUCACUCGGAUACUGUACAAGUGUUGUGACUGCGUGUGUAAUGCCGCAAAUUUUUGUUUAGCGGCGAUCACCGGGCGAUGCUCACAGGAGAGCAUGUGAUGCCGGCCCUUGACGCCCGGCGCCAUGCCCACGCCGCUGCAGCCCGGCGGCCCCGCUAGCGGCCCGCCUCCGGAGCGCAAGCGGCGCCGCAAACGCGACGACCCGCAGAGUUCAGCAUCGCUCGAGCCAGACGACGAAGACGGCAAUAUGAGCCCUGAAGAGGAACCUAGGAAUGCGCCGGCAGCCCCGGCGGCCCCUACUAUGGCCCCGUCCUCUGCUCCCGCGCCCACUUCACCGCCCGCCGCCCCGGACGCUGUAGACCUCACUUCACGCCGUGACUCACCGCUCCUGUCCUCUGAUGUUGAACAUUUUGACGGCAAGAUAGUAUACAAUCCUGACGGCUCCGCUUACAUUAUCGAGGAUCCUGAACUAUCAGAGGGUGAAACGAGUCUGUCGGAUUUACCUAAAAUUGAACCGGGCUGCAUCGUUGAUAGCAGAGACAGCAACGUCGUUGAGAGACAACUUGAGUUUCCUCAAAUUGCGAGUGCUUUUUAUGUGUCAAGAAACCCUUCUUUAUAUGGUGCGCUGUAUGGAAGACUGGCUGCUGAAAGAGCGAGAGCGAGGCCUGACGCGCCUGUUAUGCAUAGUUAUCGAGUGUUCAGUUUUCGUGGAGGAAAAGAGACUCCGAGACCCCAGUCUCCAAACCCUGAGUGUCCUAUUAGUGUACCAGUUAAACCAAUUUUAAUGUGUUUUAUAUGUAAACUAAGCUUUGGCUACGCUAAGUCGUUUGUAGCGCAUGCACAGUCAGAUCAUAGUUUAUCAUUACUUGAUACGGAACGCGAUGCAUUAUCGAGGGAAAAUGCAUCUGCUAUCAUUCAAUGCGUUGGAAAAGAUAAAGAACCCCUAGUCUCAUUCUUAGAACCCGUGGGAGCCGCUGCGCCACCACGUGCUUCCGUGUCUGGUAGCCCUGCAAAUAUGUCAGAAUUAUCGAGUCCAUCAGUAGAUAAAAGACUAGACCUUAUGACACCGGAUAGAGAAAAUGACAAUAUGUUACCUAAUGGAUCAUGCGAUGACAGGAGACCAAGUCCACCUGCUUGGAGACCACCUAGAUCAAUGGCUGAAUCAUUAAUGCCACAACAUUCAUUAAUUUCAGUAGCUCAUCCUCAUACCAUUAACGCGUCAGUACAACCACGUGGAAGUCCAAAUUCAUCACCACCAUUCCAAGCAGCUCCACCAGCUUUUCUGUCGGGCACCACAAUAGGAGUAUGCCCGGACCAUUUAGGUGGAAGGCCAUCAGGUGCUGAUUGCCCAAAAUGCGAGCUUAUUUUAAAUUCUGGUAGAUUAGGUGGACCACUAGCUGGUAUGCACAGUCGAAACUCAUGUAAAACGCUUAAAUGUCCUAAGUGCAACUGGCAUUACAAAUACCAAGAAACAUUGGAAAUUCAUAUGAAAGAGAAACAUCCUGAAGCAGAAACAAGUUGUAUUUACUGCAUUGCGGGCCAACCUCAUCCACGGUUAGCAAGAGGUGAGACGUAUACUUGUGGAUACAAACCCUACAGAUGUGAAGUGUGUAAUUACUCGACUACGACAAAAGGUAACCUUAGCAUACAUAUGCAGUCUGACAAACAUCUUAAUAAUAUGCAAGAGUUACAAAAUGGUGGUAAUCCCGGAGAAAGCAACUUACCUCCCUCACAACAUACGCCACCAGGUGCGCAUAAGCCUCCACUACCACAUCACUCACCUUUAGGACAAAAACCAAAGCCUACCUUCAGAUGUGACGUCUGUAACUACGAGACAAAUGUAGCAAGAAACUUAAGGAUACACAUGACUUCUGAAAAACAUACGCAUAACAUGCUUGUACUACAACAAAAUGUGAAGCAUAUGCAGACUUUGUCAGCCUUACAUCAUAGACAACAAAGUCAGCAACAACUUGAAAGUCUUUUGCAUUUCCAUGGGGGAGAUGCCCCACCGCCAAACCCAGAAGCAGCGUUAGCAGAUAUGGCAUACAAUCAAGCGCUUAUGAUUCAGCUGAUGACUGGUGGACCUGGACCAUCUCCACCCGAACUUGGCGCACACUUAGACGUGGGUCUCAAUCCUGACGCCAUGGAACCACCUCCAGAACCAGCUGACCCCGAACCCGAAAGGACUUUCCAUUGUUGUAUAUGUAAUUGUUUCUCCACCGAUUCCUUGGAAGCCUUGGGUCAUCACUUAGCUCAAGACCGCACCAAGAUAAGAGAACAAGAAAUCCUGGCCCUAGUCGCUGGCCAUUACGUUUGCAAAUUAUGCACAUACAAAACAAACUUGAAAGCAAACUUCCAACUGCAUUGCAAAACGGACAAACAUUUGCAAAGGCUACAGCAUGUCAACCACGUGAAAGAAGGUGGACCACGAAAUGAAUGGAAAUUGAAAUUUUGCGGUGGUGUCGGAACUGGCGGUGCAGGUGUAGGUGGUGUGCAAGUGAGAUGCUGUGCGUGUGAUUACUACACAAAUUCGGCGCAUAAAUUACAACUACAUGCCGCUGGUGCUCGUCACGAGGCAGCCACUUUGUUGCUAAGACAUCUUCGAGACUGUGCAUCAAGAAUACCACGUGACCGCCCUCGAGUGUAUCGUUGUGCUUUGUGCGGUUUCGGAGCCCCACAUCGCCUCCCACUUUUGCAGCAUGUGCGCUCCGUCAAACAUCUACAAAUGGAACAAAUCCAUCAACUUCAACGUCGGUCAGAAGGCAAGGAUCCCACACCAGACGUAGCUGAACUCUUCCAAGUCAUACCUCAGCCACCAGAGCUACCUAGUCCAUUUGAUCAACAAGAAAAUGAUACUAAGGAGCCCAUUGAUCAGAAACCUGAGUUGACUCAAGAACAAAAGAUGUUGAGAUUUUUGGAACAACAUCAACAACAACAACAGCAGCAACACCAACAACAGCAACAACAACAACAGCAACAGCUUUCGCAGCAAUCAAUGCAACAAUCUUCGAGCGAGAAAGACGAAGAAGAAGUAACGGGAUCGCACACAUGUCCGUAUUGCAAUUUUAGUUGUGAUAGUGAAAGCAAACUUCACGCUCACGUAAACUCUAUUCAUAGCGAUACAGCGCGGCAUUUUAUUUGUCCUUUAUGCCAAGACGCCUUCAAGGACCGACCUGCGCUUGAACGACAUGUAAUGCAAAUCCAUUCCGUAAACUCUGAAGGUCUACAACGCCUUCUUCUCUUAGUAGACCAAAGCCAUUGGUUGAAUGGCGGUGCACAAACGCAACGAGAAGAUUCAAGGCAAGGCGAAGAAGAUCGCGAGAUUUCAUCUCCACGCUCAGAGGGCAGUGUGGACGGAGAGACAGAGCGAUGCUCGACUUGUAACAGAACAUUCCGCAACGUCGACGAACUCUGUCAUCAUCAAAACGAGUCAGGGCAUUUAGAAUUGAAACAAACACCGCAAGGUCCUGGUUACGUUUGUUGGAAGAAAGGAUGUAAUCGAUAUUUUGAAGCGGCUCAUGCCCUACAGAAUCACUUUAAAGAAGCUCAUGCGCGCAAUUCCAUUGCAAACAUGUCGGUAUCGGAGAAACACGUUUACAAGUACCGUUGUAAUCAAUGUAGUCUCGCAUUCAAAACAGUUGAAAAGCUUCAACUGCAUUCACAAUAUCAUGUUAUCCGCGACGCUACUAAAUGUGUUUUGUGCGGACGCAGCUUUAGAUCAAUACUGGCUCUCCAAAAGCAUGUGGAGACUUCGCAUCCUGAACUGUCUGAAGAUGAAUUAUCUGCAUUCAAGCGAAGUUUAGCGUCAAAUCCCUUAUUGCAAUCAGGCCAGGGCACCGCUUUAGAUCCAGCUACGGCUGAUCUAUUGCGAAAAGAAGCGUUAAGAACACCAGAUGAUGACCUGGGAGAGUUAGAAGACAGAGAUUCGAGUGCCACCGCUGCUGACGAGUCCGGUCACAAUGACGCUGAAAAUUCAGAUGAUUCCAUAAUUUACAAAGAUCAACAAUUCUUAGAAGAUUACUUGAACUCGCAAGCUAUGGCAGAAGAUUCUUAUAAUGAUCCAAACAGAAAAUAUAAAUGUCACAGAUGUAAAGUUGCAUUUACAAGGCAAUCUUAUCUAACGGCACAUAAUAAGACUCUCUUACAUAGAAAAGGUGAAAAAUUAACAUAUCCUAUGGAAAAAUACUUAGACCCUAACAGACCGUUCAAAUGCGACGUAUGCAAAGAAUCUUUCACACAGAAAAAUAUCUUAUUGGUUCAUUAUAAUAGUGUCAGUCAUUUACACAAAUUGAAACGGGCAAUGCAAGAACAACAAAACAACAACAACCCGCCCGUUUCACCAGGCGCGGGAACAGCGCCAUCCAAUUUAACUCUCACUCCAAAAAGUACGUCGAGUGAAGAGGAUGACCGUAAACGAUAUAAAUGCAAUAUAUGCAAAGUGGCUUAUACGCAAGGCAGCACGUUAGACAUUCAUAUGCGAUCUGUUUUGCAUCAAACACGUGCCGGAAAGUUGCAAGAGCUCGCCGCUGCGGGCCACGUUGACUUGACACGGCCUUUAGUAGAGCAGCCGGAUAGAAACGACCCCGCCAAAAUUUUACAAGACGUAUUGUCGCCAAAAAAUACAUCCCCUUCAUCUACGAGCAGCGGGGGGCCGCGUUCCUCACCCCCCGCUCGCCCAGGUAGCCCUCGGUCCCCACGGGCAGGUAGCGCCUCGUGCGAGCGCUGCCACGCGUCAUUCCCAACUGGGGAGCUACUCGACGCACAUCGCGCUACUUUAUGUCCGUUUGGCGAUGCGCGGGCGCACUCGCCGCUUGGUGACGCAGAAGCAGCCGCUCUCGACGAGAUGGUAGCGAAGGGCAAUCCGCCCAAAAGGAACUCGCAAAUGUAUAAACAACUCUUAGAAACGUUCGGCUUCGAUCUCGUCAUGCAGUACAAUGAGAAUCAGCGCCGCAAACUGCAAGAGGAGCGUGAGAUGGCGCGGGCACCGAGCCCGCCGCCUCCACCGCCUGAGGAGAAGCCCCCGGACAGUGAAACGAAAUCGACGUGUCAACAUUGUAAUAAAGAGUUUUCUAGUGUGUUCGUUUUAAAGACUCAUUGUGAAGAAGUGCAUAAAGAUAAGGUUCCUCUCGAGUUUUUGGAACAGUUCGCGGAGCAAUUUAAAUCUGAAUAUGAGAGGAAAUCGGGUGCGCCGAACUCGCCGCGGGCUGCAUCCCCUGCUCCUCAAGGCGAUCGCUCGCCCUCACCCCGUGGUGACAGCAAUAGCAACUUCAACGAGAACGCGAACGGCUCUGGUGAAGCACAGGCUGGAGCUUUACUUGCCGCACAAGUACAAGAGAUGCAGGCAGCCCUCAACAUGUUACAAUUACAACAGCAGUUAGGUCAACUGCAUCCCAUGGUGGCCCAGAUGCUUUCACUGGGGCUGCCCCUCGGCCUGAACGUUGGGGCCCUCGCAGCGAUGAACCUGCAGCCUCCAUUGGUACCGCUAAUGUUACCACCUCCGCCAUUCGAUGCAAUGCCGUUUUCACAUGACGCCCAAUUAAAACAACAACAAUUAAUCCAGCAACAACAACAGGUAAGAUUUUGCAAUAUAUUUCACUCGCUAUCCUAUGAUAAUAACCUAGGUAAAAUUUCAUGA